AUGUUAGCCCUAGAAAAAGCCCUAUCUUUGGGCCAUUGGGCCGUUUUGGGCCGGCCCAUUAAUGGGCUAUGGGCCGGGUUUUUGACCCGAUGGCCCAAUUGGGCCGACCCAAAUGGGCCGGCCCAUGGGCCAUGUACAGGUCUAGUUAAAACAAUAUACAAUCGUGCUAUUGAGCGCGGAUUUGAUCCUUCGAAACGACCUUUCACCUUGGUUGAUGCCUAUGUUGCUGAUGCUACUCGAUCUGGCCGUCCAAAGAAACAGACAGCUGCGCUUGAAACUGCUGUAGUUGCUAAGGUUUGGCGUGAUCGAUAUGGACGUGAAAAAACCUGCGCUGAUAUCCCUAGCGAGCUACUUGAUAUCUCCGCUACGACUGUAUGGCGUGUGCUACGAAACGCUGGUCGAAAGAAGACUAAACCUACACGAAAACCUGGCUUAACAGAUCGAAUGCGAACUGAUCGAUUAAACUGGUGUCUUGAGCAUCAACACUGGACGCUUGAGGAUUUUAAAGACGUGAUCUGGACUGAUGAAACAUCUGUGAUCUUACUACACCGCCGUGGAAGCUAUCGGAUCUGGCGUACGAAAGAUGAGGCUUUUCUUCGAAGCUGUAUCCGAGAGCGUUGGAAGGAAGCUCUGAAUUUAUGUUCUGGGGUAGCUUUUCCUAUGACAAAAAAGGCCCCUAUCACUGUUGGCUUCCUGAGACUGCUGCUUAGCGUCGAAACUCUGAGGCUUUAA